UAAACUCUGAGAUGGCCAUUGUUAUUAUUAUUAUUGUUAUUAUGAUUAUAAAGAUGAACUUUCAUGUUGCUGCUGCUAUAUACAAAAACCGGACCUUCUGCCAUAGACCUGAAACCUCAACAAAGCCGGGCGUUAGCUAGCCGCAAUGCCCCGUGAAAACCCGACCGACCUCCUGCGACCUCGACUGCAACUUGAUCACAACAAAGCAAAAACAACACAAAGACUUACAGGACGACUUAGUGAAAACACUCGACCUUCAUCCGCUCACCGUCCUGUGUCUCUCAGACUGGUUGGUUGGUUUCUUUGCUUUUGCUUCAUAGGGCUUGAUUCAUGUUGUUUUGUGACUUUCUAACUGUGAAAACUUGUUUCUUUCAGUUUCUUCCCAUAUUUUCACCCUGUGGAGGAAACAGGGAGGGACAUAUUAGUGGAGCCUUGCACCUUCACUGUGGUACUCUAUAUCAGGCCAAUAAUUACACACUUAGACCACUCAACGGACAAAAUAGUCCAAAUUGAAACACUGAUUAUUAUUAUUUUGAUUCGGAAGGAAAGAGAGAGGAGAUGGCACUGACUUUCUGCAGAUACCUUAUAAAGAGAAAGUAAAUCCUUCGUCUUAUGGCUUUCAGCUGUGUUGAUAUUACAAGGUUGUUUUUGUUGUAAGUGAACAUUAUAGUUAUAUGAUAUUCCAGUGAACCUGUUGACCUGCUUAGAGUUCAGCCACAGCCUCUUUGUUGAAGGAAUAGUUUUACAUUUUGGGAAACGUGUGUAUUUGCUUUCUCGUCCAAGAGUUAGACGAGCGAUUGAUACCACCCUCUUACAUGAAUGUUAAAUUUGAAGCUUGAGAAAGCAGUCGAUUAACUUAGCUUAGCAUAACGAGAGAAAUGAGGGAAACGGCUAGCCUGUCUCUGUAGAAAUAUUUAGAAAUUCCACCUAUUAGCACCCAUAAAACUUACUGAUUAACACCUUAUUUCUCGUCUUUUUAAUUCAAUUUUAAUACAAAAAAAAGUUGAUUUACGGACGGUUAUUUGCAGGACUACUUUUUUUAACUGUGAGGAGUGACUUCCUGGAGUCACUUUGAGGUUGUUGAAGCACAUAACCCCCCAUAAAACUACAAUGUGUUACCUUUAGGAAUCAAACAAGCAAUAUAUAAUUUGUUAAUAAGUGAGCGUUAAAGGUGCUGGUAGGCAGAUUUUGUUACAUUUGGACACAGCCAGGCUAGUUGUUUCCCCCUGUUUCCAGUCUGUAUGCUAAGCUACGCUAACCAUCUGCUGGCUACAGCUCUACGUACCGUUCUGACAUGAGCGAGAAAACAAUAUUCUCUCUGCCAAAAAGCAAAAUGUAGAGCUAUUUCUUUUUCUCCACCUGAUAAGGAGCAACGCAACUACUCCUUAGUUCUGUCUCUUGGUGCAGUUGCUAACAAAAAAGCCAAAUUGUCUGUUCUGGUUGAUCCAUUUAACACCUGUAGGACAGAACAGGAAAAUGAACAAAGAGACAAACGUGACUUACAUCCUUUUGAGGCAUUCCCCUGUGCUCUGUGCUUCUACUGUGGUUUCUUCUCAGUUCGACUGUCAUGUCACCGAGAUUUGCUCCUUUUUUUGCACACUGAGUGAAACAACAGUCAUCUGUGAUUUGAAGGGGGGAGGUUCUCUGUGCAUGUAUGUAUGCAUGUUUGCCAUCCCCAGCACUGCCCCCCCUCCCCCCCGACUUGCACUGCUGAAGUCAGACGAGAGCAGUGAAAGAGAAGUGGUGUGUGUGUGUUUUUUGCAAUGCAGUUGAUAAUCAUAGCAUUCACUGGUGAUGGUUUGUGUUGACGGUCAGACGGUCAAAUCUGGAUCACAUGCACUGAAUGACGAGCGCUGCCGUGCCACAGAGCGGAGAACACGUGAACGCCUUUCACUAACGCAAAACCUCCAUCCAAACUUUCAAUGAUUUACAUUUGCGUGCAAUGUCAGAACCACCACGUCAGAUUAGAUGUAGAAUUUAAAGCGUUUUUUGUUUUGUACUUUUUCACAAAACUGGUAUCUUUGUUUAAAGUGUACAGAUCGCUAAAUGACACGAGAGAAAUAUGCAAAAAGAAAAAAGACCCAACUAGAGGAGAAGGAGAGAAGGAAGCGAAAAUUAUGUCCACAACCUUUAACGAAUGCUCCUAGAAGUGAAGUCACAUUUAAUAAGAACAGUUCAAAAUGUGUGACUUAUUCGCCUUCUGAUAUAGAGGAAAUCCCACAAUCUAACAUGUUGUGAGAUUCACUGAGGUACAAUCAAUUUUUCCUCAAAUUUCCGCCAUUUUUUUUGUGUCUUUAUUCAAUUGAAUAACAGAGGGCAGAUUAAACAUUUAGUUUGAGUGAGGUGCGAUUGCCUUCUUUCACCCCAACAUCAGACUGUGUUGAUGACGCCAGUGGCCCGUCCUUCUGUUCUCCUGAGUCAUCCUUUCUGUGCUCUCAGAUACCGCCAGUGUUUUCAUUAUCGGGGAGAUUCGGCACUUUUUGGACACCUGGAUUGUCCAGACGUACUCAAUUGGGCUCAGAAAUGACUUUUUAAAGGGAAGUUGUUCCACAUAGAGGUUGAUCCACAUGCUGCCUGAGGGACCUUUCAAAGUUGAUUUCAGGUAGAAUUUCAAUCCCAACAUUCUGACUCACAGUUGGAUUCAGUCUCAAUGUAUCCCCUUCAGAAAUGUUUCCACUGCUGCUGCCAUUCUGAAAACAAAAUGUGUUUUAAACAAAUGAAGGAGAUCAUCAGCUCAACAGUCAUAAGUUACCAAGUAUAAUACGUUGUAUGUCACAUUUUCAGCUGAAGUAUAAUAUUCAACAAAACUUAACCCCAACAGUCCCUGUUAGUUGGUCAGGAGACAUUGUUAUCCUUAAACUGUGUUUCUUGAACUGCAGCGUGGAACCUAAAAUGAGUCCAAAAGUUCUAAUGAAGUUGGAAAAAAGGUAGUUUCAUUCUGUUUACUCUCCCUAACGUGACAAAUUAGAGCAGUUUAAGAAGCUGUGUAAACAAUGAAGAAGCUGUUCAUCCACGUCCCGCCUCCUUAGAGUUUGAUCAUGCUACUGUGAGCUAAAACGUCCUCUUAUUUUAAAUAGGAAAAAGUCAUUUUCACCAAACACAACUGAACUACUGAGAUCGUCCCAAAAUGAAAGUCGAAGUGCCCGAGUUGAAUUCUUGGUCAGGUUGUAGCAAACACUGCUUCACUGAUUCUACAGUAGUUGAAGUGAUAAUCAAGCAGUCACUGUGGGUGGCCGGGUGGGUCGGCAUCUGGGACUUUUACCUCACAGGCUCCUAAGUGUCAAAGUUCUCCAUCGGCCUUUGAAAAGACGUUCUUGAGGUUUUCUACGAGUACCAGUUCACUUCAAAGCCAGACAGCUGCAGAACAGCACCACAACAAACUAUACAAAAUAAAGAUUUAAAAUAAAAAAAGGCAAAUGACAAUCUUUAGAAAGGUGUAAUUUGCUCAUUGUGUGAUUUCCGUUCCCUCUGUCAGUCUGCUGUAUCCAGUGGGACAGACGGAUUAACCUUUAACCAUAAUCGGAGCGUUCAUACUGAAAACUCCUCUUGUUUUAACGUCACUGGUUGAGCAAAUGGCCGACACAUUUCUAUCUGAUUUUUAUUUUUUAGUAUUACAUUAUUAUUAUUAUUAUCAAUGUUCUGAUUCUUCUUAAUAUUAUUUUAUACAUAUAUUUUGUAGUGCAAGUGCAGUGGUCUUUUAUGAAAAGAGAUUUUGUACAAUAUUCCAACCACUUCACUUCUGUUUGCCUAUACUGCACAUUCCAAACAUGGAUGUCAACCAACACGGGACCUGACCGCCAUCACCACAUUCAGCUAUCAAGUCUUAACUCUGCAACGGCUUUAUCAAAGAUUUAAGAAUUCAAGCUGCAUGUUCACCUCUACUGUCCAACAACUGCACUCCUCAGUGAGUGUAAUGUCCCUAAUAGAUUAUGUUUACACUCCGACGUUGGCUUAGAGAUUGCGACCCGUCAUCGAUCUUCCGUAUAAAGGACAAAAUCAGACUUCACGUGGAUCCUCCAGCUGACAAAGAGCAGCUGAGAAGAGAGCAAAUGUCACCUUUCUUACAACAGCACUAUGCUGUGAUAUUACGCUUCUGUAAAACCUGCAGCUUGUUGACUGUGGAGCUUGUAGUCUCCAGUGGAAAACAGUGCAUGCUGAAGACAAGUUGAAGUUCUAACAACUGGCUUGUCUUUCCAAGUGGAGCCUUGAAAUGAGGUUGUUUUAACUCAAAAACUACUGUGAGCUUUGCUGUAACUGAGCUCAGGAGUCCAACUUCCCCCAGUGCAAGAAGUGUUUGACUGGACUGCUACUUUAUAUUUUAUUCAUUCAACUGUUUGGUUUAAUUUUCUGAGAUUCCUUCUUCCUACAUGAUGGAACUCUUGAAGGGAGGGGGAAAUAUGCUUAUUCGCACAUACUUGCCGAGCAUUAGAUGAGAAGAACAAUAGUUGAUCAUCUCGUCUAAAUUUCGUAGAAAGCAAAUAAGCACAUUUCUGAGAAUGUCAAACUAUUCUUUUAAAACAAAUACAGCCUCAGUGUUCUCUAUGGUAGCAACAUCUUUUGGUUUAGUUUGCGAUGACAUAGUUGUGGAUCAUAGUUUCAGACUAAUCCUGAUGCAGCAGAGUUUUUAAAGCCAUUGAGAGGAAUCCGAAAGUGCUGCAGGGAAGCUUCUAGAUUCAAACCUGAAACCAUCCGAUGAGCUGUGAUGCCAGUCAGGUCCCUAAAGUUCACACUCAGUUAUUCAGCCAGUCUGCUCAGAUGUAAAGCUCAACACACACAUUUAAAGAAGUGAGUGAAAGGAGGAAAAGUAAUGGACCUUUUUUUAUUUUUCUAUCAGGGCAGGAAGUACAGAGCCUGUCAAAAACAGAAAAUGUUUGUCUGGGCCGUUUUGUUUUACUGUUUUACUUUCUGUUCCUUUUCAGUGGUGCUUUAGCUUCCUUAUUUUUUAAUUUGUGAUAGAUAUUUGAUUCCUUUCUUUUCUCUUUCUGUCUUCACCAGACUUUGUGCUGGACUCUUGAUUGUCUUGAUUUCCUCUGCCGGGGCUUUGUACCUCCAGUAAUACCAAUGUGAAACCUGUAUUCUCCUCAUGAUUUGACUCAGUGGAAGUGUGAUGUUUACAUGUACAGAUUUUUGCGAUUCUUUCUGGUUUUGUUUCUGUUUUGUUUCCUCUCAUCCCUCUAUUCCCCCCCCCCCCCCAUCCCUGUUUUCAGUUAAUCUGACUCGUACCUUACACACUGAAGGGAAAUGGGACUGCGUCUAAACACAAUUAUCACCAUUUAACACACAAGCCUCUCACAUGAGGGGACACGUUGACGUUUUGAAUUUCAGUCGUCGCUUUUCUUCACCAGACUCGUGCUUAGAUUUUGUUGUUUUUUAGCAUCCUUUUAGAAAUGCCUUGUCAGUAUUCAGUUAACAUUUGUGCUAAAGCUGCACCUAUGUUUCAUUGACAAAUGCAACAGCUAGUUUGUGUGUGAUUAUCAGUUCACUGAGUGGCAACAAUGGAGAAUUAUAUUUUUUGUGUGUUUUUGGCAAAGAAAUGUCACACGGCUGAAAUUGAAAAGCAAGCUUCCCCCAUAAAGAAACCGAUUGUUUGGGGGGGGGGGGGGGGGGGCGAGCUGUGUGUUUGUUUGGCUCAGUGGAGGAUGACCUUUGACCUCUCAGCUGACUCCACAGCACACAAAAUCACAGUGGGGCCACAAUGACCCUCCGCUGGUGUGACCAGGAUCCGGUGCAGAUGAUUCCUCAGUGAAUGAUAAGCCAUUACAGACCCAGUGUGUCGGGUCUCUUAGUCUAUUAGUAUAUUUAGCAAAACUUUAAACUGCAGAUGAUAAAACUCAACCUCAGGAAGAAAAGAAACAGGACAUCACUUUUGUAAAAACACGUCCAACUGAAGGCCCAUUUCCCUCUCUCUUUGAUACCAUAUAAAUUAUAUCAAGAAUUCUUUUUAUAUUUAUUGUGUUUAUUAUUAUAUAUAACAGUGGAUACCUUUUUUCCAGUACCUGUGGCUGAAUAUUUUGAUUCUUUAGAAAAGUGUUGAUAAUAUAUGUGAAGCAACUUAAACGAUCGCGGGAAAAUAAUUGAUGAAAGAAAUGUAGGGUUAUUAUUUUUGUUUGUUUACUCCGUUGGAGCGGUACAGGCGUGUUUGUUUAGCCCGACAACGAGAACAUAUCACAAAGAAACCAAUGAUCGAAAAACUGAGCUUUCUUUUGUGUGAUGUCACUGCUAAGGCUGAAAUGUUUCUGGACUUGAAAAAAAUUGUGACCGUUUAGUUUUUUUGUUUGUUUUCUCCCAAGCUGUAUGUCACAAAGCUAAAUAUACUAAUAAAACUGUGUGCUAUCUAUCUGACAGAGCAACGCUUUUUCUUUUAUAUUCCAGACUGAAGGUGCACUGAUCACGUUGGUCCUUGAUGAAUGGACAGUAACUCAGUAUAUUCACACAAGUACAAGUACAAAGGUACUUGAGUACUUUUAUUUACUGUUACUUUGUACUUUACUCUGGUGUAUUUAAGAGGGAAACAUUGCACUCUUUACUCUACUACUAGUGCAUUUUGGUGGUAGUACUUUUGUACUUUUACGGAUUUGGAAUGCAGGACUUGUAAGUAUUUGUACAUUGUUGUACUAGUACUUUUACCUCGGUAAACAAUCUUAUUACAUCAGGAGGCUCACACAAGAGUUCAAAUCUUACUCUCUCAUUCCUUCUGCCCUUUUUCAUUUUUUUACGACAGUAUCACUGAUUUAUCCAGAAAAUCCUGAUUCUUUCAGCUUCUAACUUUGAGAAUGGAAACUAAACAGCAGCCUGUGAUAUGGAGACUUUAUUAGACUCCUCUGAUGUAACUUACAGAAUCAACGUGUACGCUGAGAAACUGAGCCUUUCACAAAUUUAAAGCAGCCGUUCCAACUGAAAGAUUAGGAUUAGAGCUCAAACUGAAAAGCUUUCAUGUUGGAUUAGAACCAGCUUUAGUGCUCAAACUUUUCUGCUAACUCAUAAUGCAAAAUCACCUGAGGUCAUCAGUUGGACUGAAAACCUGCUGACAGCAUGUGUCCCCAAAAUUAACCUGCUCCAAAAAGUACCCCACAUUACGUCUGUGAUUGACUAAAUUGACUAGUGUAGCUCAUGUGGUCCCUUCCUUAAGUACAGGUCAUCAUUUAAUCACACUCCUCUUAGGUUUGUGUUUCGUCAAUAAAAAAAGGUGUUUGAUGAGGUCUCAGUGACCUUUGACCACGAAAUUCUCUUCAGUUCUGGUUCUCCUCCCUGAGUGCAGGUGGACGUUUGUGCCAAAUUUGAAGAAAUUAGCUUAAGGCAAGAAUGGGACUGACGUACGGUGGAAAACCUGAAAGCAUAAUUCCCAUGGCUGUCGCUGACACAGAGGCAUGAUGAAAAACUAGAGGAAGAUGAGAUUACAAUACAUUACAAUAAGACUCUACAGUCAUUUAGUUUUAAUGAUCCUGAUCACACAGGCUUGGAUUGCUACUAAUGAUUAUUUUCACUACUGAAUAAUCUGCAGGUGAUCUCAAUUCAUAAUUUAGGCUAUAAAAUGUCAAACAGUAGAAAAUGCCAACAACAAGCCCCAAAUGUCCGAGCUGUCUGACCAACAGUGAAACCAAAAUAUGUUUAGUUUACAAUCAUGUAAAUCAAUAUUUGUUGUUUUAUGGUUUCAAAAUGAUGAAGACAGUUGGAGAAUAUUUAGAUACCAAAUUGGAUGUAGGCUCUACAGGAUGAUGUUGUCCUUGGGAACUAUCAUGUUGUUCCCAAAUGACAUACAGAUUUUUAGGCAUUCAAUUAUCAAAUGUCUUGAAAAUAGUCGUGUAGCUGCCGUAAAUGGGAAAACGGAUGAUCCUCUUGGGUUUGAGCUUAGUUUAGAAUGUUUACGUCCUGAUGUUUAGGAAGCCAGAAUUAUUUUCUCCCCCAUGAUGAGAUCAAGUUCAAGAUAAACACUUUUAAGUAUCAUCAACUUUUUAUUACAUACAGUGAAUAUAGGCCAAUACGAAGAUUUAAAUAAAAGAUGAGUUGCGUUCACGAUGUAACAAAGAUAAAUAAUACAACAGAGUGGAACGUGGCAUACUAUGAUGGUGGAAACUACUGUUUAGCAAACACAGACUCCAUCGUUGACUCAACCAAAAUGACCUUCAGGGAAAACUGUCUACGAGCCAAACAGACACGCACACAUUAGUGCCCUCCCCCCUGUCAAUACGCAGGUGUGUCAGCAGCAGGAGCUGUGCAGAGCGCCAAACCCAAACUUUUUACGCACCGUGCCGCCGCUUCACCUUCCUCUUUCCCACCUGCAUCAACUGCUGCAACGGUUUUCCCAUUCAUACCAGAUUACAAUGGAUUAAAAUAUCCUCGGAUUCCAUGCUCACGUUCCCGGUUCGCAUUGGGUCACACCGCCGAGUCCUCGCAGGGAACCGAUCCGUCUUGGAUGCCCUCCAUUGCCGUUUCCGCAUUCCCGCAGCCGCCGUGAACACCGCAGACGCGGAGCUCAGAUCCAUGAUCACAACAGAAAAAACCGGUUCCUCCGGCUAAUCUACCCAAGCACUGCUGUCGGUGCAGUAUGUUUCCAGCCACGGGAAUAGAGGGAACCCGAAGGACUGUACGGCUGAUCACUGCGGGUUGUAAAAGGCCGUUUUCAGCGGACUGAGGAAGUCUGAACCGCGUUGUAUUGAUCGGUGUCACGGUAAAACCUGGAAUAACCCCGCCACUGCGCUCCUUCAUGUCCCGGGAUGGAGAGUUGCUGUCGCUCCUGUAUGCCGUGUUUCAACCGGCUCUGGGAAUGCAUAUGGCCGGACGUCCGCUACCCAAACGUCCCCAACAACACCCAUGUCAUAGCCAAUCCGGCCGCGCACACGGCGGAGAUCCGCACCGUGUCCGGCGACAUCCGCGUCCCGUCUCCCAAGAAGCGGCAGGUGCAGCUCUACGCGGCGCUCUUUGACUUUGAGGCCCGCAGCGACGACGAGCUGACGGUGAAGGAGGGGGACAAGCUGUCAGUGAUCGAGAAGCGGGGGGAGUAUGUGCUGGCCAAGAAGCUGACCGGGUCCCUGGAUUCCGGACUGAUCCCGGCGAACUACGUGGCUCUGCUGCAGGACGAGUUCGCCAAACACAAGUGGUACUAUGGGAAUAUAAACCGUGUGAAAGCUGAGAAGCUGCUGCUGGCUUCCCAAAACAAAGAUGGCUCCUUCUUGGUUCGCAUCAGUGAGAGUCACAGUGAUGAGUACACAAUCUCUGCCCGAAGUGAGGGAAAAGUGUACCACUUCAGGAUUCAACGCUCAACCAUCGGGGCGUACUUUGUCUCGGAUAAGAUCUCCUUCGCUACACUGGGAGAGCUGAUCUCCUACUACCAGAAGAACCCUCGCAGUCUGGGAGUGCUGCUGGAGGAGCCCUGCGCCCAGCAGCGGGAGCUGUUUGACAUGGAGCCAUGGGAGAGACCUCGAGAGGAGUUCAGACUCCACAAGAAACUGGGAGAGGGACACUUUGGAGAGGUGUGGGAGGCUCUGUGGACCACAGAGAACAAGAAAGUGGCCAUAAAGACGCUGAAACAAGAGGACACAAAGCAGGAUGAGUUUGUGAAGGAGGUUCAGGCCUUGAAGAGCCUCCAUCACCCCAAGCUGAUCCAGCUGUUGGCCAUGUGCUCCAGAGGAGAGCCGGUCUACAUCGUGACCGAACUCAUGAAAAAAGGAAGCCUCAAGUCCUACCUCGCCUCUGCUGAAGGCCAGGUGCUGACAUCAGCUCAUCUGAUCUACAUGGGCAGUCAGAUCGCAGAGGGCAUGGCCUACCUGGAGGACAGAAACAUCGUCCACAGGGACCUAGCUGCCAGAAACGUCCUGGUGGGAGACGAUCUGGUCUGCAAGGUGGCCGACUUCGGACUGGCUCGGAUUAUUAAGGACAGUGUGUAUACAGCCAGUCGAAACACAAAGAUCCCAGUGAGAUGGACGGCGCCAGAAGCGGCAAUUUACCAGAAGUUCUCCGUAAAAUCCGAUGUCUGGUCAUUCGGGGUCCUACUGUAUGAGAUGAUGUCACGUGGCAAGAUGCCUUAUGAUGGAAAAAGCAACAAGGAAGUGUUGGAUCUGCUGUCAUCUGGGUUUCGGCUGCCAUGCCCAACCCGCUGUCCUCAGAAUAUUUAUCGCAUCAUGAUGGACUGCUGGGCCGCUGAGCCCUCCAAGAGACCCUCCUUCCAUGCCCUGCACAGCCAGUUGGAUACAAUAUAUGCCAGGAUAUACUUCAAGACUAUAGAGGUGUAGAAAGAGCAAGUCGUAGGGGAAGAAGAGGACGGUGGGGGCAGAUUAUCUGCAGCAGAUCAUCAGCAGCAGGAUGGACAUUAAAUAUGGAAGGAGAGGGGGAUAAAAAAUAGCACGGAGUAUUCUCCUCCCCCGUGCAAUGCACUUCCACAACAGGGUAUAUGUAUUUUAAGAACACAAAGGUCCAAACGAGGGAGAAGAGCAUCAAAAGUGGACAAACGGAAGUGAAUUGUUCAAGAUGGAGAAGAUGCUCGCCAAAUCAAAGAAGACAAAUUAGGAACACUUCAUUUCAUAGGCUAAAAGAACGUAAGGCGGACAGUAGCCACAGAAAUGUGUAAAUACACACCGACCUAAAAAUAAAUCUGAACACUAAGACCCUCAGCACAUUCACAGAACACACGGUUUUUAAUUUUAUACCCUUUUGUGUUUUAUAAAUAAUAUUUUAUUACCUCUGUAUGUGCCAUGUCUGUGUGUGCACACUUAAAAAUGUUAUGAAAUCACAGGUCAGGACUUUAAUCACCUGUCUUUUGACUGCAAGCCAGUGCUAAAUAUUGGGGUUAUGUGCAAUACUUACAGCUGGCUUGGUUUUUAGCCACGCUAGGGACACUGAUGUGGAUCGCUCCGUUAGUCCAACACUUUUGUCUGAAGGGAAAUAUCUCACCACUCCUUGCCAUGAUAUUUGGUUCAAACCUUUGCAUUUCCCAACAGAUGAACAAUUUUGUUGAUCACGUGACUUUUUAUUUAGCGCCAUAGUCAAGUCAAUCUUAUUUUAAACUAAUUCCCAGACUUCCAUCAGCUUCAGCUGACCUUUCAGGUUAAAGAGUAGGAUAGGUAUUUCUGAAUGAUUACAGCCACCAAUAACUCUUUCAUUGUACAUAUGGCAUGGGAGUAAAAAUCCAAAUAUAGCAGUCUUGAUCUUUUUAUCUGAGUCCUAAGAAAGUAAAGGGAAUGAGCGUAUUUCCCACAAUGUUGAAACAUAAAGUGCUGCAGGAAUGAGUCCUAAAACCGGGAAAUGAGUUAACAUUUUUGCACUUACGGUUUCUCAAAGGCAGUGGUGUUUUUUUUUUUAAAUGGGUUUUUGGUUAGAUCCUUGAAAUAAAUAAGUACAUACCAUCA